AUGGAGCUUACGUUUCAGCUUAUACUAGUCAGUUUCAUUGUCUUUGCUUCAGCUGCGACCAACACAGGGUCAUCCUACCGAUACACCUGCAACGCGAAUACAGGCCAAUAUAAAUGCACCUAUGAGCUUUGCACAAAAACUUUAGGUGGUAAACAGAAUUGCACUUCUAGCGUUUCCUUCCCAAAAAAUACAAGUAUAGCGACCCAGGGAAGUUCAUCCUCCUACAAGUACUCCUGUGCUUGGGAUACUGGAGUAUAUAAGUGCACCCAUAUACGAUGCAGCCAUUAUUUCAACGGUCAAAUAAAAUGCACUACUAGCCAAACUACUCCAUACACUUGAGUAGU